AUUUUUGACUCAAAUCCCCUUUCCCUCUCUUCUUUUUUUCUCUUUUUCUUUUUAGCACUUUUACAGUCUGAAAUAUGUUGGCUGUUCCUACUUCAAGUAUUCCUCCAGGUUUUAUCGACUUUGCGUCUUCUUCAUUUGAUGCUAUUCUAUUUUCAACAACAAUGAUGCCAGCGAAACAGAUGACGGCUACGAAUAGACAGGGUGAAAUACAAAAGAGGCCUAGCCAUUUACCUGAUCUGAUACCAUUCAUCUCGCUCAUCACAGAUAAAUGUGAUGUCCAACCCAUUCACCUGGUGAUGGCACUUGUGUAUGUGCAACGUUUCAGAAAAUCAUUACCUGCCACAUACAAGGCAGAACCAGAAGCCGCUCAUCGUAUCUUUGUCGCUUCCUUGUUGGUCGCUAGUAAAUACAGCGAAGAUCGCUGUCUCUCCACCAAACAAGUGGUGAGGGCUACAGGUGAUGUCUGGUCCAUUAAAGAAAUCACUCGUAUGGAAUUGGCCUUUUUAAGAUUCUUACAAUGGGAUUUAUAUGUCAGUCAAGAAGAAAUGACACAAUUCUUACAGGAUUUGAAUUUUGAUAUUAAUUCUAUCUUACCAAGUCAUCCCAUUCUGUUGGAUGACACACUUCAUUUGUCAUUAUGAUUUAAUCUUUAUCCUUAGUAUACCCUUUUCUUUUUCUCUCUCUUUAAUGUACAAAAAUACCCUUCUACUAGUAAUAAAAUAUAAUGCAUAUAUGGAC